GGAGAAAAUACCGCCACAAAUAUAUUUUUCCAUUAUUUAAUUCUCUACUUAUUCUCCUCAUAAUUUAUGGGAAUGGUAUGGGAGAGAGAGAUAGAGAUAGGGAGAACCAAAGGUCCAAAUGGCUCUUGUCAUUCCUCCUCGGUGGCGUAUAAAUAGAAAGACAGCCUCUUUCCUUUGAUUAAUUUCCAAGACCCAAAAACUCAUUUGGAAACAUCCUUCGUUCCCUCCGAUUUUUACCUCUUCCAUGGCCGCGUCGCAAGCAAGCCUUCUUCUCCAAAAGCAACUCAGAGAUCUCUGCAAACAUCCCGUUGAUGGCUUCUCGGCCGGCUUGGUCGACGAAAGCAAUGUCUUUGAAUGGAGUGUCACAAUUAUCGGUCCUCCGGAUACGCUCUAUGAGGGUGGUUUCUUUAAUGCCAUAAUGAGCUUUCCCGCCAAUUAUCCAAACAGCCCUCCAACAGUGAGAUUUACCUCAGAGAUUUGGCAUCCCAAUGUCUAUUCUGAUGGGAAGGUUUGCAUUUCAAUUCUUCAUCCUCCCGGCGACGAUCCGAAUGGCUAUGAGCUUGCGAGCGAGCGUUGGAGUCCGGUUCAUACGGUCGAGAGUAUAGUAUUGAGCAUCAUAUCGAUGCUUUCAAGCCCUAAUGAUGAGUCUCCUGCAAAUGUUGAAGCUGCGGUAAGUGGGUAUCUUUUCAUCAAUCGUUCUAACGUAGUAAUGUAUCUGAACUUGAUUUGGGGCCUAUGUGUGGAUGUAUUGCAGAAAGAAUGGAGAGAAAGAAGGAGUGAAUUCAGGAAGAAAGUCAGUCGCUGCGUCCGGAAAUCACAAGAAAUGUUAUAGUUCACUCUAUAUUCUAUUACGAGAUGCAAUUUAUGUCUGCCGAAAUAUAUCUUUUUAGAGGGGUGGGUUGAUUGCUAUGAGAUCUUAGCAUGCUCAUCCUUUAGAAUUUUCAUUCAUCUGCAAUUCACCAAGACUGCUGUUUUUGAAUGUUUUUCAGUAAUGAUGAUUAGAUAUUUCAAGAGUGUC